AUGCCGUCCAAGGAAUUGAGCAGGCGUGCAUACAAAGGUCAAUUAACCUCUGUCCGGAAGAUUGUGGAAAAGUACCAGAGAGAUCCUGAGAAUUUGGAAGAUGGUCAAGCUGAGACUGAGUUAAUAGCACAGAGAGAUAUGGUCGGGAUUAUCGAGGGAAAAUUUAAGGCUGUGCAAUCCGAGAUUAUCGCUUCAGCAGCCCCUGAAGACAAAGAAAGGGAACAGGAAGAGUUUCUAACCUUCAUGGAUGAAUGUCUUCAGGUGGAACAGGAACUUAGUCAGUUAAUCGCCGCAAUUACCACUCAGAAGAGAGGUUAUAAUGCAGCUGGUGAAGCUUCAGGGCUGAAUACAUCAUCUGAGAAUCAAACUGUACAACAAAUGCUCUCACUGAUGCAACAACAGCUGCAAGAACAAAGAUUGCAACGAUUGAGUGAAGAAAGUAAGCUGAAGGAGCUCCUACAAAAUCAACGGAAGGAAGUUGAGACUUUACUGGAAGCUUCUCGAAAUAAUUUGACAGCAACGCUCGAGAACUCCGAUAUUCUUGAUGUCUCUGACCACAGUGCAAAGCUGGAACCAAUCAAAAUUCCCACUUUUUCCGGGGAUUAUUGCGAAUGGAUGACAUUCAAAAAUCUUUUUAUCUCAUCUGUAGAUAAAAAUAUAAGACUGUCAAAAUCCCAAAAGAUGCAAUACUUGAGAAAUUCUACAAGUGGAGAAGCACUUGGACUCUUCGGUAGUCUCCCAAUCACUGACGAGAAUUACACCAUCGCUUGGGGUCGUCUUGAGAAGAGAUACAACAACAAGAUGAUCAUCAUUUCUGCGUUCAUGGAUAAAUUCCUGAAUCAGCCCACCAUUACUAAGUCUGAUGUCACUGCUCUACGGAAGCUGCAAUCCACAACUUCUCAGGCUUUGGAAGCUGUGGAUGCAUUGGGAGUUUCAUCAAGAGAUCCAUGGCUGAUUCAUUUGGCGCUGAAACACUUGGAUCAUCAAACUCAGACGCAAUGGAGUGAAAAGUGCCCAGACUCCAUUCCUACCUGGACAGACUUUGACGAGUUUCUUGAGAAACGCUGCAGGAGCCUUGAGAGCUGCCCAAUCACACAAAAGAGGAAUAGACCUACUCCUAACACAUCUGCCACCCUAAGUUGUUCCGGGGCAUCUGGGGGAGUAAAGUCCAAUGUCUUGUUUGCAACCGCAAUUGUUAGAAUCCAAGGGCCAAACAAUUAUGUCGAAUCUUGCCGUGCUGUGCUAGAUCCAGCUUCCCAAAUCAAUAUCAUUACUACGUACAUGUGUCAGAGGCUAAGAUUAGUCCCCAAACGUACUAAUUUCAUGAUUGAUGGGGUAGGAUCCGUUAUGCAAACUGGCCACCAGGAGGUGCAGGUGAACCUGCAAUGUAAUUUUGAGUCUUCCCAAGAAGUUGAAGCAAUUCAUUGCAUUGUCAUGCCCAAAGUAGUUGGCGAGCAACCCAAUUUUGCUGUUGAUAUGAGCCAAAUUGCAAUUCCAUCUCAUGUUACUUUAGCUGAUCCAAUGUGGUUCAAGUCUCAAAAGAUCGACCUCUUAAUUGGCGGAGGCUUGGCGUGGUCGCUUAUGAAACCCGAUAGAAUCAAGCUAGGAGAGGGAUUGCCCUUACUGCAAGACAGCAUAUUUGGUUGGCUGGUCGUAGGCCCAUGUCCCCCUGCCUUCGGUCAUACUCACGCUUCAUGUCACCUCACGACACUCACCAGUAUUGAACGUACGAUUCGCAAGUUUUGGGAGAUCGAAGAGGUGCCAAAGGAAGUCACAACUCAUUCCGAGUAUCAGGAUGUUGAAGGUAAUUUUUCAGCCACAACCUAUCGACAUCCCAAUGGUAGAUAUGUCGUGCAGCUGCCAUUAAAUGAAAAUGUCCAGAACUUGACCAACAAUCGUCAGCUGGCACUCAGGCAGUUAAACUAUCUUACCAAGAGACUAGAAAAGAGUCCUAAGUUGAUGAUGGAGUACGAUGCAAUCUUCAAGGAGUACUUGUCCCUUGAUAUUAUCGAAAGAGUCCCUGCCCAGGAACUGGAGAAUCGGUCGUAUUAUUUCCCUCACCACUGUGUGAUCAGAGAGUCCUCUUCCACUACCAAGGUGCGAAUCGUUUUUAACGGUAGCUCAAAGUCUAAGUCUGGAUUGAGUCUCAACGAUUGCUUGUUGGCUUGUCCUACUGUCCAGCCUACACUUCUGUCUAUCCUGUGGAGAUUUAGAAUGCACGAAGUUGUGCUUACUUGCGACAUCGUAAAGAUGUACCUGCAGGUGCUCCUAAACCCUCUACAUAGAGACUUUCAGAGAUUUUUAUGGACGGACAGGGGAGAAAUUGUUGAUUACCGAUUCCGUACAGUUUGCUUUGGAGUAUCAGUAUCCCCAUAUUUAGCUACUAAAGUGCUGAUGCAGUUAGCGGAAGAAUAUGAAGAGAUUUACCCCAUUGCUGCUUCCAUUUUGAGAAAAAAUUUCUAUGUGGAUGAUUGUUUGUUUUCAGCCUCAACAGUUGAUGAAGUCAUCGAGGCCAAACAACAGCUCCAAUCCAUACUUGGUGAAGCAUCAAUGAAACUCUCCAAAUUUCGCUCCAAUAGGAUUGAACUUCUUGCAACAGAAGAUCUAUCGACAGAAGCCAAAGCUCCUCUUGUACUGGAUGAAGAAGCAAAAACAUUGGGCAUACUGUGGAAUCCGGUCAUUGAUGCAUUCCAAUUUCGUGUAUCAGGAAGUUUGCAAUCGGAUACUUGGACUAAGCGACAGUUAUUGUCUACUGUGGCGAGGAUCUUUGAUCCGUGUGGCUUAAUAGGCCCAAUCAUAACUUCUGCAAAGCUGUUGAUCCAAAUAGCUUGGACCAAGCCUAUUGGAUGGGAUGAUCCCAUUCCAGAUGAUCUUCUAACUGAGUGGAAAGCUUUCAUCGUGGAUUUGACAGAUAUUAGCCAAUUGCGCAUUCCGAGGUGGAUUUCUACGAUUUCGAAUCCUUCUCACAUGGAGUUGCAUGCCUAUUGCGAUGCAAGCAUGAUGGCCUACGGUGCUUCAAUAUAUCUUGUCUACGAGGACAAUCAGGGUAAUAGAUCUUCUGGACUGCUUGUGGCUAAAUCAAGACUCACUCCAAUCAAGGGAAAACAUGAUUGCACAAGGACUCUCACCAUACCUAAGGCUGAGCUUUGCGGCGCAGAAUUAGCCGCGCAGUUGAUGAGUACAGUAUCUGAGGCAUUAAAAAUUCCCAAUACAUUCUUCUGGACUGAUUCUAUGGUGGUUUUGCAUUGGAUAUAUGCUCCACAUGGAAGAAAGGACACGCUUGUGAGGAAUAAAGUUUCCAAGAUAUUGAGUUCAUCACACUCCCAUCAGUGGAGACAUGUCAAAACUUCGGAAAACCCAGCCGACAUGAUAUCUCGUGGAAGCAAGGUGAAGAGUUUGUUGGAUAACUCAAUGUGGUGGCAUGGGCCAAGUUGGCUUCUUCAGGGUCCGUCGAAAUGGCCACCCGAAUUCUCACCUACAAGUCAUCUUGACUUUCGUCCUACGAUGGUGACUUGUUCUGAAGUGUCUGCAAAAAGACCAUGGCUAAGCAUUUAUGAAGCCCUAAUGUUGCAUUGCAGCUCAUUUGUCAAAGCUACACGAGUACUGGCUUGGGUAUUGAGAGGAGUUCAACGUUUCAAAUCCAGACGUCAACGUGUAACUCGAAGCACGUCUUGUGCUAUUCCUGAUCAUCUGCAAGUUGCUGAACUGAGGACAAACGAGAUGUUGCUAGUCUCUUGGGAUCAGGCAUCUCAUUUCAAGGACGUGCUGGCAUUGUUGAAGUCAAAUCAACUGAACAAAAUCAUAUUACCCAUCCGAAAACUUUCUCCAUUCAUUGAUCAUGAUGGGAUUUUGCGUGUUGGUGGUCGCCUGAAAAAUUCAGAGCAGUCUUUUGAAACUUGCCACCCUGCGCUCAUCGGAAAUGGAAAACUUUCGGAGUGGAUUGCUCAAAGAGAGCAUCAGCGUCUCAUGCAUGCUGGGCCUCAGCUAACGCUGUCGUCCAUCAGAGCAAAAUUCUGGCCACUGAAAGGGCGCAAUUUGGUUCGCAGCAUCAUUCAUCGGUGUACUACGUGUAUACGAGCAAAGCCUCAAUGUGCCGAACAGUUAAUGGGAGACUUGCCGUCAUCCAGAACUACACUUUUGCGUCCCUUUCUUCACACCGGAAUGGACUUCACUGGUCAUAUUCUGAUCAGGAGAUCGCCCAGAGGAUCUGUUGCUGAAAAGGCCUAUGUAGUGGUAUUCAUUUGUAUGUCCACUAAAGCAGUUCAUUUGGAGCUGAUCACUUCGUUGUCUUCGGCGGCCUUCAUUGCAACAUUCAGAAGGUUCAUUGCUAGAAGAGGGCUUCCCGCGCAUAUUUAUAGCGAUAACGGGACUAACUUCGUGGGCGGUGAAAAGGAGCUUCGGAAUUUGCUUCGCAAUCACAAUGUGCAACAAGAUCUAGCCAACUUCUCCUCCACUUUGCAUGUGCAGUGGCACUUCAACCCACCAGGAGCCCCUCACCAAGGAGGUUUGUGGGAGGCAGCUGUGAAGUCCUUCAAGACUCACUUCACGCGUGUGGUUGGAAAUGUCCGCCUGACUUAUGAGGAAUUAAACACAAUCAUUGUGCAAAUAGAAGCUGUGCUUAAUAGCAGACCACUCAUUGCUCUCAUGGACGACCCCAAUGAUCCCCGAAGCCUCACUCCUGGAGACUUUCUUGUUGGAAAUGCCCCAACGCAGCUUCCUGUUGAUCCUGGAGAUGUGGUGAACAUCGAUCACUUGAACCGAUGGAGACUGUGUUCAAAACUUCAACAUGAUCUCACUACCAGAUGGAAAAAUGACUACCUUCACACACUACAACAACGCAAUAAAUGGAACAAGGAAACCCCUAACUUCACUGAAGGCGAUGUAGUGCUGUUGAAGACUGAGAACAUGUCAAGUUUGGAGUGGCCGUUGGGACUGGUGGUAGAUGUGUUUCCGGGGAGCGAUGGUAAAGUUCGUGUGGCACAAUUGAGGGUUCGCGGAAAGUUAAUCACACGACCUAUCACAAAGCUUAUCAAAUUGCCCGUUGAUGAAUCUUAA